AUGGGUGACUUGGACAAGGCCGAAAAUUAUUAUAAACGAUUGUUAAAUGAGCUGGCAGUGGGUGAUUCCGUCAUUCCUUACUGUCACGUAGGACUGGGUAAUGUUGCCAGACAGAAGGGUGAAUAUGCUUUAGCUUUGAUGAAUUAUGACAAAGCAUUGAACAUCAGAGUAAAAGCUCUUCCACCCGAUCACCCUGAUAUCGCCGGCACAUAUAACAAUAUCGCUAGUGUGCAGUGGAACAAAGGUGAAGAUGAUUUAGCUUUGAUGAAUUAUGACAAAGCAUUGAAAAUCAGAGUAAAAGCUCUUCCACCCGAUCACCCUGAUAUCGCCCAAAUAUAUAACAAUAUCGGUGUUGUGCAGUGGAACAAAGGUAAAUAUGAUUUAGCUUUGAUGAAUUAUGAUAAAGCAUUGAACAUCAGAGUAAAAGCUCUUCCACCCGAUCACCCUGAUAUUGCCUCUACAUAUCGUAAUAUAGGACUCGUGCAUGAAGCAACUCGUACUUGGCAAUCAGCAUUAGAAUAUCAUAACAAAGCAGCAGCAAUAAGACGCAAGUCACUUGCAACAGCGCAUCCACAGAUGGUAACCACUGAGAGCGACAUUCGAAGAGUGAAAGCUCAAUUAAAGUAG